AUGAGGCUCAUAUUCGUUAGUCAAGGUUCUGCUGUUGUGUGGGGAAUCACCAGCAUAUGCGGUGUUAUUAUCUUGCUGGGUCUGGGCUCACUUUACCAUUCUGGAUAUGAGGAAUUCAUUGAAGGUCCAAAUGCUCCUAAUGACCCAGCAGCUGUCGCCAGGGGCUGUUACAUUGCAGCCCUUAUCUAUUUUGUUCUUUCUGGAUUCUAUUUGUUCCAGUUUCUUAUGCAUAAAAAGGAAGCUGAGCGGGAGCAGCGAUUUGCAGGCAUCUAG